CAGGAGAGGCGAGAGCUGCUGGGGAUGACAGUUGCUGCAGGCAACCCUGUGGAGGACAGGGUCGGGGGUAAAAAUCACCGGCGAAGGCCUGAGCUGAGCGGGGCAUGGAGGGAUAUCAUAGAGCCGAGUGUGACAGGGCCUCUGAGACCUCCUCCUUCAUAGGGGAUGAAGAAGAAGAGGAAGAAGAGGAGGAGGAGGGGGAGGAGGAAGAGGAGGAAGAAGCUGUGGACCCGGAGGAGGCAGAGGAGCUGACUAACAGUUUAAAAGAUCUUAUCCAAAGUGAAGAUGUGAAACCCAAGCUGCAGUGCAUCAUGAAUAACCCUUCCUUUUCUAUGGUAACAGUUCAAAGUGAAGAUAGUGGGAUAACCUGGGAAACCAGCUCAAGCAGAUCUUCUACUCCCUGGGCCUCAGAAACUAGCACAACUUCUGACCUUUACAGUAUGGAAAGUUCACCAGUAGGUUCUCCUCCAGGAAAAGUUAUCUUUAUUAUGGAUGAAGGUAAGAUUGUUUGCAAAAGACAGCGCAAAUCUUCAAACAGGGCAGCGACAGCUACUAACCUGAAGGGAGGCCAGGGCACUAAAAAACGUGAUUCUUCUGGAAUGCAGAGGCAAGAACCAAGAACUGUUCUAGGGGACGUGCAGGGCUCCAUGUUGAAUGUUGAACAGGUGGAAGCACAAAACACAGAUGAGGAAAUGUUGGAUGACAAAGAAGAUCUAGAGAACAUUGCAGAAGAGCCAGUAAAACGUGCUCCCAUAAGAUCAAUAUUUAGAGAAAGCAGACUGAGAAAAGUAGGGCCAAUCCUUGGAGGACCAGUACAAGCUAGAAUCCAGCUGUUCAACUCAAUUUUUGGAGUGACUGAGCCUGAAACACCAGAGAAAACAAGAACCCGGAGAAGCAGCUCAGUAUCAGGAGAUUCGGAACGGCUCCUUGAAACGUCAGUAAAAGAAAGGUUGCAGAAGUUCAGUUCAUUUUCAGAAGUAACACAUCCAAAAUCUUUCCAAAAAACAAAAAGUAGAAAUCUUGUAACACCGUCAGAGAGAAGAAGGGAGCAAAGACAGCAAUCCACAGCACAUGCAAAACAAAGCUAUUCUUCACCAGCAACACCUCUUGGGAAGCAUCUUACUGGUAAAGAUGAUGUUUCGUCCGAAAAUAUUACACCUACUAAAAUGAAAGAUAAGCCAAGCAGACUCUCAAGCCUUGGUGAAGAAACAGUUCUUCAACAUAAAGAAAGAAAAGACAAACAACCUCUUUUGGAGAUUCCAGGACAGUCAAUGAAGCCCUGCCCUCCUGAAGAAGCCAAAAAGAAGGAAAGUUAUUCAACUUUGCACAGAACAUCAGUAACAGAGCAAUCACCCUCCGUUUCAUUAGAAUCUGAUGCUAACUCAGAGAAACAAGUGCUGCCUCCGUCAGCUGAAACUGCAAACAAGAAACCAGACCAAUCUCUGCUGACAGCAUCAGAUCUUCUGGAGGAACCAACAGAGCAGGAUAUUCAGCCCAGUUCUGCACCACAAUCUGUUUCAGCAGAUUUUGCUAAUGAAUUAGGUAGGCAAAGUACCCAACCUAUUUUGCCUGCAGCAUCAGUGUCAGAACAUACAGAGAAGGAAAGACAGAAGUCAGCAGCUGAGUCUCACUUGCCUAGUGCUCCAUCAGCAAAAUCCAAAGAUUCCACUCUAUCUGAAAUAAGGCAAGAGAAUAUGACUCCUCAGUCAUCAGAAAGUGCACCAUCUGAGUCUGAACACAUGCUAUUACCAUAUUCUGUAGAUGAAGCAGAGAAGCAAGACAUUGAGUAUCAGUCAUCAGCAACUUCACAGUCAGAAACUGAACAUUUAGAUCAAUUGUACUCUGCUAAAAAAGCUGUGAGUCAAGAUAAACCACCACCAGAAAUGCAAAAUAUUCACUUAAAGAAACAAGCAGAAUCUGAGGAGCAACGAACUGAACUAAAUUUACCAAUUCCUGAAAAGAUAGAUUCUAAAUAUUUGGGUAUUUCAUAUCCUGAUCACACAAAAGCAAAAGAAAGUCAUAAAACUUCAGCUGUGAAUAAAGGAGUAGAUUCAGAUCACACUGAUUUUUCUACUGCAAAAACCAAGCAAGCAGAAAGUGCACAAAUGGAGAUGGAGCAUCCAGAUAUCUCAUGUUCCAGCAAAGAAACUGGGGAAUCAGAGGGAACACAGAUGGAAGCAGAGUAUCCAAACUUCUCUGUGUCCAAGGAAGUAGCAGAAGAAUCAGAAGGUGCACAGUUGGAGAUGGAGCAUCCAGACUCUUCUUUUUCCAGGGAAGAAGUGGAGGAAGCUGAAAGUCCACAACUGGAGACAGAGCAUCCAGAUUUCUCAUAUUCCAGAGAAAAAACAGAGGAAUCUGAAAGUGCAAAACCGGAGACAGAAUAUCCAGAAUUACUUUUUUCCAGGGAAGAGACAGAGGAAUUGGAGAGUGCCAAAUUGGAAACAGAACACCCAGAUUUCUCAUACUCCAGAGAAGAAACUGUUGAAUCAGAGAGUGCACAGCUGGAGAUAGAGCAUCCAGACUCCUCUUUUUCCAGGGAAGAAACAGAGGAAUUAGAGAAUGCCAAACUGGAAACUGAACACCCAGAUUUCUCAUACUCCAGAGAAGAAACUGUGGAAUCAGAAAGUGCACAGCUGGAAAUGGAACAUCAGGAGGUUUUAUGUUCUAGAGAAGAAAUAGAAAAACAAGAAUCUGUUCCUAUUGAACCAGAAUGGCCAGAGUCUUAUUCCCAUGAAGAACCAAAGCAAGAAGAAACACAACAGCUUGCUGAGGUACCUUCAGAUUUCCCAUGUUUGGUGGAAGAAACAGAGAAAGAAAACAAUACUGAAGUUACAUUGGUACAUCUAGAUAGGUCUGAUUCUACCAGAAGAGCUGAGACACAACAAACUGAAUAUCUGGAAACAGCAGAGUCAGAUUUACCAUGUCACACAAACAAAACAAAGCAGCAAGAACUGGCAGAAGUAGAACACAAUUCUUUUAUGUCACAGUUUGGUGACAAAGGAGAAAAAUCACAGCCUGUACAGCAGGAUUCACAACCUGCACGUAAGUUGACUUCUUAUGCCAAGGAAGCUCAAGAAGAAACUACUCAACUUCAGUCAGAGCAUCCAGUUUUGUCAUAUUCUAGUGGAAAAGAAAAGCAACAUAAAACCUCACAGCUGACAACAGAACAACCAGAGAUACAACAUUCCACUGGCAAAACAAAACAACAGGAAACAUUGCAACCCAAAUUGAAACAAACAGAUUUGACAUAUUCCCCUGGAGAAACAGCACAAGGAGGUGUACAAAAAGACUCAGAAGGUCCAGAGCAAUCAUGUUUCACUAGUGAACCAGAACAACAUGAAAAUGCACAACUAGCUUCAAAAAAUAAUUUCUCAUUUACUGUUGGACAAGUAAUGCAAGAAGGAGUGGAGUCAGGGUCUCUGGGCUCUAUGCUUUCGACUGACAGAGCAAAGACCUGGGAAAUGUCACAAUCAGAGCAGUUGCUUCCCUCCUGUUCCACUGCUGGUAGCCAGGAACAGGAAACCCCACCUCUGGAUGUGGCCCAGCCAGAUGUAUCAUAUACUUUUGGCAGAAUGGAACAACAGGAUAUAGUAUGGAAAGAGCUAGAACAGCAGGAAACAGCCCAACAAAAAGCUAUGCAAGUGGAAAUGAAGUAUUCAGAUUUGUCAGAAACCUGCAGGAAAGAUGAACCACAGGUCACAGACCAAAUUGAUUUGGCACAGCAAGAAACAACUGAACCAGGGUUAGUGCAUUCAUCUUUGCCAUAUUCUCUCAGUGAACAAAUGCCAGAAGAAAUGCAAACAGAGCCAGAAUAUCCAGAAUACGCAUUCUCUGUAACUACAGAAAUGAAGGAGGAAGUGAUGGAAUAUGAAUCAGAGCAACCAUUUCUUUCAAGUUUUAUGGAUAAAACUGAGCAAGAAGAAAUUGGACAUCUAGAGAAAGGAAAGUUAACACAUUGUCCUGGUAAAACAGAGCAAUUAAAACAUGCCCAGCAGGAUUUGGAACAACCAGAUUUGUCAUUUUCCAUUAAUAGGCCAGAUGAUGAAAUGUUCCCAACAGAGGCAGGACAUGUUGAUGUGUCAUAUCCCCUGGACAAUACAGAGAUGCAGCAGAGAGUACAAAGGGAAUCAGAGCAAACAUGUUUAACUUACACCUCUGGAAAAGCAGAACAGAAAGGAAUUCAACCAGAAGUGGAAAUUCCACCUGUGGACCAUUCUGUGGGUAUGGUGGAACCAGAAAAGGGACAUCCUGACUUGCCUUAUCCCAUUUUCAAAGCAGAAGGACCGCAAACUACACAGUUGAAGCCACAGCACCCUAGUCUAGCAUGCUCCCUUGACAAAGUGCAAGAAACAUCCCAGAUGGGAUUGGAACAGCUGGAUGCCUUGUAUGUUCAUGACAAACCAGAGCAACUUCAACCUAUCCAGCAGGAGCUGGGCCACACAGCCUUUGCAUCCCCCACUGACAGAGUGGGGCAGCAGGGGAUGGUGCACACCACCUUGGGAUGCUCUGCUGAGGAACACUCUGUCAGUAAAUCAGAAUACCCACAAGCUGUGACAGAGAAACCAGGAUCUCCAGAUGCAUUGCCUCAUAGUGGAAAAGUGGAGCAAAGAGAAAUGGCAAAAACAGAUCAAGAGCUUUCUGAUUUAUCAUAUUCCAGUAAUAAAAUGUGGGUACCAGAAGCUACACACUGGGGGGCUGAAGAACCAGACUCAUCGUCAUGGCCCAGGAAAACAGAGCAAGCACAAACUGCUCAAGAGGAGCAGCCAAGGCUACUGCAUGCCCUCGAAAAAUCUGCAGGAGGAGAGGAAGCACAGCCAGAAUCAGUACAUUCACAGCUACUUUAUUCUGUUGGUGAGGCAGGAACAGAAGCUGGACAUGCAAAAUCAAGCCACUCAGAUUUAUCUGCUGGCAGAUUAGAGCACUAUGAACCCAUACAACCAGAGGCAGAACUAAUGAAUUUAUCAUACACAGUUUGUGAAACACAGCAACCUCAAAUGGCUGAAGUGGAUUUGGAGUAUUCAGAUUUAUUGCACUCCACUGGCACAGUACAGCAACAAGAAAAGAUUCAACCAGAGCAGGAACAGCCAGGUGAUUUUUCAUCAUCUCUCAGCAAAAAAGAGCAAUGGGAAGGUUCAGGACUGCAGGCAGGACACCCUGAGCUGCAGUGUCCCAUGGGGAAAACAGAAGGACUGCAGAAGUCCCAGACAAGAUCAGAAUAUGCAGAUUUGUCCUUCUCUGCUGGCACAGCAGAACCUCCUAAAACAACACAGCCAGAGUUGAAAGAACAUGAUUUGUUGCAUUCUUUUGUCAAAACAAAGCCAUCACGGGCAACCCCAUUGGAAUCUGAACAUCCAGACAUCUCAGAUGCUCUGGGCAAAGUACCGCAUCCUGAUUUGUCCUCUUCUGUUAGUGAACACAGAAAAGGUGCAGAACUGGAGGUCAAACAGGAGAGGAGAAGCCAUAAAUUACAACCAGAGGAAACAGUACAACUGGAAUUGGAACAGCCAGUGUUGUCAAGGUCUUCUGGCACAGCACAGCAACCAAGUAGUGCCUCACAGGAAGGGCAAUUCACCAGCUUGUAUUCCUCUGGCAAAAAGGAGCAACAAGAAAUAUCAAAACAAGAACUGGAGCAUUCAGAUUUACCAUAUUCAACUGAUAAAACAGAUCAAGAAGAAACCACACAACUUGGAUUAGGACAACCAGAUGACAAAUCAGAGCAGUUACAAGCUGACCAGAAAGUACUGCAACAGCAAGAGCUUUUGGAGUCUUUCAGCAAACAAGAGGAAAAGGAAGUGGACCAGCCCAGCUUUUUGCAGUCCCGUGGUAAAGAGAAGCAAAAAAUUGUUUCACCAUUAGAUUUAGUGCAACCAGGUCUGUCAGAUUUGCUUGGCAAAGCAGAAAAACAAGGAACUGCUCACACAGAGUGCGUGCCUUCUGAUUUUUCAUAUUCCACAGGAAAAGCAGAGCAGUUGCAAGCAGAACAACUUAAAUCAAAACAUCCAGAUUUGUCAUAUUCUCUUGGCAAAGGAGAGACUUGUGGAAUGAAAUCCUCAGAUUUAUUGUACUCUUACGGCAAAGAAGAGCAAGCACAGCCUGCCCAGCUGGAGCAUCCAGAGACAUCAUAUUUCAUGGGUGAAAUGGAGCAAAGGGAUGAGGCCCAACCUGAAUUGAAGGCAACUAGUUUGCAGUACUCUGCUGUUGAAACAGAGCAACCAGAAACCCCUUCUAUAUCACAUACCUUUGGCAGGACUGAAGAGCAGGGGAUUGCACAACCUGACUUAGAAGAAUCAGAUUUAUUAAGUCCUACUGAAAAAGCAGGAAAGCAUGAAACAGCCCUGCUGACUGUAGGGCAUUCAGAGAAGCGAGGCAUUGGGGCUACUUCAUUGCUAACUGCUCAGCUGGAAAGUAAACAAGAAGAUUCAUCCUUUUCCAGCAAGGAAGAAGAGAGACAGCCAUAUUCAUCUCUUACUGAACAAACAGUGUCUGUACCAUUGGGUGUUUCAUAUUCUGUCUCUGAAACAAAGCCAGAAGAAAGUCUGAAGCCUUCCCCUGUAACUGGAGGCCUGUCCCCCAAACAGUUAGAUUUAUCUUACACCCACUGUAAAAGAGAGAAAACACAAAUUUCCCAGCUUGCAUCAGGUUUCUUCUCUGCAAGAAAAGAAGCAGAGAAUACAAAAGUUCACACACAUUUUCCUGUCACUGCACAGUCAGAGGCUGAACAUGUAAUUUUAUCUGAAAAAGAGAGAGAACAGACUCCACGUUACUUCCAUGCAAUACAAUUAGAAUCAGAACAAUUAAAUUUAUCAUAUUCUGCAGAUAAAACAGAAACUUUAGAAAGUCAAGAUUAUUUAACUGUAACUUCAAAGCUGGAGUCUCAACCUUCAGUUUCAUUUUAUUCAGCUGAUGAAACAUGUCAACAAGGAGUUCCAUCUUAUUCAAAACCAGUCUCUGAGUAUUUGGUUCCCACACAGUCCCUUGAUGAACAAGAAAAGCCAAGCAUGCAGUCACAUAUUCCCCAGUCUGCACAAUCAGAGUGUAAGCAUGCAAUUCCAGCACAUGGUGAGAAAGAACUGCAAAAAAUUCAGCUCUACUCACCUAAGCCAGCACAGUUGGAAUCUACAUCUCUCACACACACAGAAGACAAAGGUGAGCAAGAAUCUCAAGAUUGGUUUUUUGACACAAAAUAUUUCUCAUCAGACCAGAUAAGAAGUACCCCCAGAUUUGGUCCUGAGAAGAAUGAGCAAGAAAUACAACCUGAUGUGCAGACAGUGCCAAGGUCAGUGACCACAGAGUCAAAGGUGACUGCUGUAGAAGACCAACAGGAAGUGUCAUCAGAUUCAUUUUAUCCAUUACCUGAAAAGCCAGUUUCUCUGGUUUUCACUGAUGAUAAAGAGAAACAAAAUAUUCCAUCAUCAUUAUCCAAGGUAGUAGACAUUCUUGGACAGCAGUCUAGCAUAGUUUCAGGCAUUUAUACUGGAGAAGAGGAUAAACGUGAGAUGAAACCAUAUUUUACAGACCAAAAACAUACACCCUUAGAGCAUCUUGGAGCUGUUUCAUCAGAAGUUGUUUAUGAAACUGUGAAACACAAAACUCAGCAUUAUUCUGGAGAACAGGGAAGUCUUUCCUCGGAAGAAACUAAGUCUGUUAGCUCUGGUUCCGAUGGAAAGCAGAAUCCAGAUAUUCCCCCUCUGGGGCUAGCUACCUGGCUGAUGGAAGAGGUGAGAGCUCGCUCAGUUUGUCCACUAAGAGCUACAGAAGCAGAAACUCAGGGAAAUCAACUUUCUCAAAUUGAAGCUUCUGAUUUUGGAUCAAAACAAAUUCCAGCUGAAAGCUGCACAGAACCUAGAGUUCAUGGUGCUACAAUGAAUAGAGGAUAUAUGUUUAGAUUUUCUGAUUCAGGGUCAAGUGAAAUUUCCCACAGAGGAGUGUCCUCAGAAACCAGUCACAGAGUACAGAGGUGUGAUUUACCAGGCCCAGACCAGGUUACAGAGCAUGAAACUAGGAUUGAAAGCCUCUCAGAAAUGGAAGCAAUGCAAUAUUCAGAGGCAGGAAAAGUGUCUGAAAUGCCUGAAUGCUACCUGAGAGGAGAAGAGGAAGAAAUGGAACACACGAGCAUUGUAGGAGACAGUCAGCAUGCUCCAGAGCCUACUGAGCAAAAAGAUCUAUUUAAUAUAAUUUCAGAAGGUUAUGAAAUACUCAAUAUUCAUGCUCCUAAGUAUAUUUCUUCUGUCGACCAGGAAGAAAGUAAACACAUGCCCGAUAAGCUAGAAUACUUGGAAACAAAGCAUUCAUUUAAAAGAAAAUCAGCUGAUGAUGGCCAGAGAGCCCUAAAUUCUGGAAAAACCACAGAAAUUUCAGAACACUCACUGUUGGGAGAGCCUACAAGCCAUGAAUUUAAAGAGUUGGCCAAAAAUCAUGAUGUUGAAGAAAGUGGAGAAACACAACAAGAAAAUCCCAUGUUGCCAGAAGACAAUAAUAAUGCAGUAUUGGAUGACAGUAACAGUAUGGCCGAUAUGGAUUAUUUUGAAAAAUAUACAUUGAUUGAUGACAAAUCCCCAGUGAAGCUACCAAAUACAUUUCAAAGACCAAGUACAUUGUUUCCUGUGAUAGAAGAUCCUAAUGAACUUGUGGAAGAUACCACGACUUCUAGAGAAAGUGCUGGGGUGGAUACUUUGGAGGAGGAGUUUUCCUUACUUGAGAAUCUGGAUGAAGUCUUUUAUGGUACUGAGAAAGGAGAAAGCAAAAUACAGACCUAUACAGAGGCUCCAAAACCUUUACCUCUGCAGAAAUCAACCGACAGUAGCAGUAAAAAGGUUACAAAUAUAGAAGAUGAACGCAAGUCACCAGGCACCCCACUCUUUGAUACAGAAGAAGGAGUGUUAGAACGAUCUCUGUUGUUCCCUACCACUGUUGCUGCAGUUAAUCCAGAGCUCCUAGAGGAGCCACCUGCUCUGUCCUUUUUAUAUAAGGACCUCUAUGCGGAAGCAGUAGGAGAAAAGGCAAAGGAUGAGACUCCUUCUGAUGAAGAGAGUGGUAAUUCUAAUGCAUCUUUCCCCAGCAGAAAUUCAGACACAGAUGAUGGAACAGGAAUAUAUUUUGAAAAAUACAUUCUAAAAGAUGAAAUUCCAAGUAAGGCCACAGGACCUCAAAUUGAUCAGAUACACAAAGUUGAGUCUUUUAGUGGAGAAAUUUCAGUUCAGAGAUCAGAGGACAAAUACAAUCAAGAGUGUGGUGAUGUACAACUUGAGGUUCUGCCAGAAAGGGCUGUUGUGGAGAAAGUCCAGGCUGACAGUGACAUUCAAGCAAAAAUUUGUAAACCAGUUCAUGCCAUUCCUUUUGGAAGCAAAGUAAUACUUUCAGGUGCAAGAAGUGAUGCCACUGAGCAAACAGAACAAGAAAAUUUACCUACAGAAACAACUGAGGAGUUGCAAGAGCAAUCAAAUCUUCAAGCGUACAGUCAACAUGUGGAUUACCAGGGAGCCACAUAUCAAGAAGCUAGUAAUAAGACAGAAGAACAGCAUGAAAUAACAGCAGUUCCUGAAAGGGGAAAAUAUGUCCCAUAUAUCCAGGCUCCUGUUGAAGACAGUGAAGAUGAUCAGUAUACUCAGGAAAAUCUCUCAUGUGUCCCUUCCAUUCAACAAGUAGAGAAAUCAGACUUGGAAAGAGAAGAGCAGCACCCUGAUGUUUAUGAGGAUCUCGCUGAGUCAAUGGACUAUGAUGUGAUUACCCAAGAAGAACUUUUGCAAGAUGAAAUAUCAUCUCAGUUCACACAUGAGGAGCUAUUAUUUGAAGACAGAGACUCUUUUGAGCAUGUUGGUGAUAGUUAUGAAUUUGUUAAUGAGCCUGAGCAAAGAACACCUGUUGAGAUUGAAGACUCAGGCUUUGUGGUGAUGUAUCCUGAAAAAUCAGCAUCAAACAUUCCUCAGGUUGAGAGCUCACAAAAAGAACAGAAGAAAGCACAAGCAGACACAUAUUGUUACAACUGUAAAUGCCCAAUAUCUGCUAUUGAUAAGCUUUUUGGGGAUCAUAAAGGCCAUGAAGUCACAACACUAGAUGAAGCUGCAACCAAGAUGAAGGAUCACCUAGGUGAAUUGCUAAUAACACUUGAAGAAAAGUCAAUGAAGAUCGAAGGGUUUGUGAGUGAUAUUGAAUCACUAUUUAACUCUGUUGAGGAAAACUGCAAAAAAAAUGCAGAAUUGUUGGAAAAGCAGAAUGAAGAGAUGCUUAAGAAAGUGGUAGCACAAUAUGAUGAGAAAUCAGAGAGCUUUGAGGAAGUGAAGAAGAUGAAAAUGGAAUACUUGUAUGAGCAGAUGAUUAACUUCCAGCAAACUGUUGAUUCAGCAAAGGAAACUUUGGAGACAACAGUAAAAGAAGUGGAAGAACUGGAUGGAUUUGUCUUCCUAAAUUCAACUAAAGAAUUGCAUAAAAGGUUACUUUCGGCAAUGGAUACUACUCUCUCUUUAGAAAAGGUGCCCAGUGCUUUUUCACUGUUUGAGCACUAUGCAGACAGUCCAGGACAGAGCAACCAGCACUCUGUAAAACAUGUGGCUGUCCCACAGACACCAACUGUCAUAGCUCAAGAACCAAAUUCAGCCACCAGCACCUCCAUUGCUGUUUACUGGGCUGUGAAUGAUGGGGAUGCCAUCGACUGCUUCCAGGUCUUCUGUAUGGAGGAGCUGCAAGCCAGCAAAGAUGCAGGAGGCUUGGUGGAAGAGUACAGAGUGACAGUGAAGGAGAGCCAUUGCAUCUUGGAGGAUCUGGAGCCGGAUCGCUGCUACAGUGUGUGGGUCAUGGCUGUGAAUGGUACAGGCUGUAGCUUACCCAGUGAAAAAAUGAUUUUUAAAACAGCACCUGCUGUCCCCACCAUCAAGGCCGAAGACUGCACAGUGUGUUGGGACACAGCCACCAUCCGUUGGAGUGCCAGCUCAGGGUCAGCAGAAUCCUUCACCCUGGAAUACUGCCGACAGCACUCGCCAGAAGGAGAGGGCCUCAGAUCUUUUGCUGUUAUAAAGAAACCUGAACUGAAAGUAUCCCUGGAGCCCAAUGUGAACUAUUUCUUCUACUUGAGGGCUGUCAACCCAUUUGGGACAAGUGAACAAAGUGAAGCAGCUCUCAUCUCAACUAAAGGAACUCGAUUUCAUCUGCUGAGUGACACAGCCCAUCCUGCUUUGCAAAUCUCCUCAAACACAACAGUGAUCUGUCUUCCUGAGAAAGCCAAAUUCACCGGGUUUCCUUCAGUCCUGGGUGAACUGCUGCCUGCUCGUGGACGUCAUUACUGGGAAACUGUUGUCUCUGCCUGCAGAAGCUACAGGAUUGGGAUUUGCUAUGAGAUAACAUCACAGAGCAGUGUGUUGGGGCUGACUGAUACCUCCUGGUGCAUGCAGUGCUGUCCUACACAAACCAGCUUCCUUUACAGAUUCCUUCACACUGGUGUGAUGAGCGAUGUCCAUGUGACAGAACACCUGUCCAGGAUCGGCAUCCUCUUGGAUUACAGCAGUGGCAGACUGUUGUUCUUCAAUGCAGAGAGAGGACUGUUGCUGUUCACCAUCAGGCACAAAUUCACUGAUGCUGCUCACCCAGCCUUUUCCCUGGAGAAGCCUGGAGUGCUUACUCUGCGCACGGGCAUGGAGCUGCCGGAGUUUGUGAAGAACAGCUAAUCCCCUGCUUCACACUCAGGGUAGUGAUGAUUACAUCAUCAUCUGAUUACAUCAUCAUCUGAUUACAUCAUCAGCUGAUGAUUACACUGUCAGGGGAUAGAUAGGGAGUGGAAGGGGGAAUGCCAGGGAGGGAUGUGUAGUCUUCACUAACGAAUGCCACUCACACAGCUCUCCCCCACAUCAUCAGCAACUGUAGUGUUCAGCCACCUAAUCACCCUGAGCCUGGAGAGAAAAUAGGGUCCUUCAGGCAGAGCGUGCACAUAGACAUGUACACAGCAGUACUUUUGAGGGGAAAAAGGUUUUGUUAGAUAUGAACAUUAAAAGGUGGGGAGAGAGUGUACUUUCCCUGUGAAAAUAAUGACAGCACUAGCUGUCUUUUUUAAGUUGAUGAUGAGCCUGUGUAUAAAAUAAAUGCAAUAUCUCUCACUGCAAUACUUGAAAGCCAUCAUUUCAUCAUUUGCCAGAACAGUCAGAGCCUGAAUACAAAAUGAUAUGUUUGAAAAAUGUGCAAAAAUUUAAACAACUGAACCAUUCUGCUGGUUAGUGUAUCUGUUGUUAUUGUUUGCCAACUCUUUUUUUUAUGUGUACAAAUUAAGAAAACUUGGAAAUUUAGAAAUCUGCAUGAUUCCAAAAUUAGUUCGUCCUAGCCUAGUCUUUGUAUCAGUCACGUAAAGUUUGAGCAUGCAACACCUACCUGCCCUGCUCACAGCGGACUAACACACCUGACUGUCAGAAAAUACCUACUUGUAAACAGGUGCUCAUGAAGUCCAUGUAUGGGGAAAUUUGAGAGUAGCAGUAAAAGAUUUCCCUCUGUUUUUCAUUCUAAAUUUGUUGGGUGGGCGAUUCUGAUAGUGACAAGGAAAUGGCCACCUGAGACCUUAGAGAAGAGUCAAAUUGCCAGGAGCCUUCUUGUGGAUCACUGCUUUUCCAACACUGCUUUUUACCUUUGUAUUUACUGAUUUGAUGCUCCUAAUUUCCGGGCAUUUUCCUGCAUCUGCCCUGCUCCCCCCUGUUAUAUACACGAGCACAAACAUCACACCAACAGGGUGCAGCUACACAGGACCAUCAGUAUAUGCAGGCUAAAAAUGCCUGGUGGCAGCAGAGGGGUAGAAUGUUCGUUGUCCUCUUUGGCCUUUUCAAAAUGUUUUUUAAGCUCUUUAUACAUCAGUUGUACAGCUGUCUUUGUGCCUUCACCAAGGGAUGAUGGCAUAAGUGCCAGUGGUGCCAAACUCCAGUGAAUGCUGGGGGGAAAUUAAUCUUAAGGCAGACAUGCUAUGUUUUUAAUGAUGUGCCUGCUCUGGAGAUUUCUGCUGCAGGGGACUACACUGACAGACCCAUUUCUGAGCUCAGAUGAAGAGCUUUACUCCUUGGUGUAAAGCAGAUUUCAGGAGUCUAACAGACAGGGUUUGAUUUUGAAGGGAGGACUUAAAUGAAUUACAGGGAAGCUUCUGCCUUUUAUGCUCAGAAGAAGUGCCUGCUGCUGGUGUUUUAUUUAUGAUAUAAUACCACUAAGCAAUGUUCUUGCUGCUUUAGCCUGCUGCAUGCUUUGUGUCCCGGAGAAGCCACACUCCACAUUGUCAUAGCAGGCUUGGGUGGGAUGGUUGAGAAAAGAUAAACAAGUCCCUGUGACCAUUUAUUUUAAGCCAGAGCUCUUUUUGGCAUUUCAAUUAAAGAGUGCUAGUUCUGAGUCCUUGGCAGGGAAUAAAAAAGCAAGGCAGUGUGCUGUUGGCUCAAGUUAGUGUUUUGUAGAGGUGUGCAGGAUGGUGAGAAAAAUGUAUCCCAGAUUAACUGGGGAAGAAAGACAGAAAAGAUGUGAGGGUAGUGUUACCAUGAAGGCUCCAGAGGAGGAGGUAGAAGGCAGGCUGGAAACUUAUAAAGAGCAGAUGGUGAUGAUCUAAGAGGUCACUGGUGGUCGCAAGGCAUUUCCCUCGGGCUCCCACAGCCAGUGUGCUCACCAGAGGCUUGGCUGUCCUGAGAGCUUGACAUGGUGCUUUAAACUAAACCUGAAAAAAAAAAACAUCUUUAGAUCUGUUUUACCUGUGUGCUCAUCACCCUGGUCAGUGGUGUCCCAAGUGUGGGAUUGUUCCAUGGACACCAACAUGAUGUAUUUUCAAGGAGAAAAAUAGUGAGAAGAAGAACAAAAUUACAUUAAAUUGUUUGCAUGGAUUUUUUACUGAAGGCAAGGAGCAUUUGCUUUGUAUAUGGUAACUGUAUUAGUAAUUACCAGUUUCAACAUGGAAAAUGACAGCCUCAUCUACUGCCCCACAUAAUUCAGGUAAUACAGCAACAUUUGAGCUUGGAAAAAUGUUUUUAUUGGAGGCACCUCAUUCUUAGAAAUGUUCGAUUCAAUUUUAAAAACCAUUGGACCUUUUCCUGAUGAUUUUUUAUAGGGUUCUGCUUUUGGACUGGGCAGCAUCGAAAAGUGCAUUUACUGUUUAGGUGAAAACUGGAUAAAAUGUUUGAAAUGAAAAUGGCACCCAAUGAGCAUAUACAGUACUGAUUUGAAUGUCUAAGUAUGGUCUGCAUUAGGCUAUGCCAGAUGAAGAAGUGCCUAGAGUGAAUGCCUUGUUCAGAGAGAUGAAACAAAGCACACACUAACAAAAAACAAUACACAAAAAUAAGAUUCAGUAUAGGGAGAAAAUUCUGACUAGUGAGGAAAGCAGCUCCUGAAAGCCACAAUUAAGCUGCUGGAACUUCUAUAAAUGAUGCAAACUGUCCUGCCCUUCAAAAGCCUAGAGUUAAAACUGCUGUGAUCUCUUACUUGCCUGAUGUGGACAAAGUGGCACCAAGUACAGGAACUCGAUUUCCAGAAGGUUGCUGUCCACAUGUGGAUGCUUGAAUGUACAGUUCAGUCUGGAUAACUUUGUACUCAGAGGAACUGAGGUUUUGAGGCUUUUUGCAUAGAUUUUUUUUCUAGUCAUCAUGGUUUGUAACUAAACAAAGAGUUCUGCACAAAGGAAGAGAGUUCACCAGUAAUUUGGGGUUUAUUUUGUAUCCUGAAGAUACAAAAGCUGGUGUCAAACACUGUAAAUAUAGUCGAUUAAUAUUUGGACUGAUCAGAAACAUGUUGCAUUAAAAGCAACUUUUUCUUCUCACUUCGUCAGGUUUUCAAAUAGCCUCUUAAAACAUUGUGGUGAGCAUAUAGGACUGACUGUAAGAAAAGAAACAUUCAUUUUUACUGUCAAAAAGAGGUAAAUGUCACUGAAAUUUAACUGUUUGUGCUGCAAAUGGUCUAGUGAUGGUAUAUUUUAGGAACAGGUACACUAAAACCUCCCCAUUACUAUUGUUGAGCCUAGUUUCAUAUUCUCAUUAAGCCUGUUGUGAAGCAUAGACCCAGUAUGGCACAGUACCAAUAAACUGCUGCUAAAUCCACA